CCUCCCGACUCCGAGAGUGAAGGAAAAACGAAAGAAAAACGGUGGUGGGAUUUCUGCAGGAAAUACUUACCUUCCAAAUUUUUUUUUUUUUUGGCUUUCACUCUCAUAAAUUAUUCCCAAACCAGCUCGAUUGAUCGUUCUCUUCUAGUUCAGAUACAAAGAAUAAUAUGGCAGUAAAACCAACUGUUGCCUUGAGGGCUAUCCUUGUAGGAGGUAUAGCUGUAUUUGCAAAAGCAGCUGGUGUAAUGAAGGCUGCUGGUGGUGCAAAGCUAGGUGCAGCUGCAGCAGCCAUGACAGUGGCAGCAACCGCAGCAAUGUCUGGAUCAAAGCAGGAUGAGAAGGACAAACCCACACCUCCUUCAAAAUGAUCUUGUUUUCCCUUUUCUUUUUGCACUUUUUGUUCUGCAUCUUUGUAGACAAUUGUAAGGUGUUACUUAUGUAGCAGACAGAGUCAGCAUUUCCCCAGUGAGCUUGUGGGAAGCUAUGCUUAAAUUGUAAUUUCGACUGUGAUAGAACAUUUGAAUUACUUGAAAUAAAAGAACCAGACACUG